AUGGAAUUGAAUGAGAAGGUCAGAGUCAUCCUGGACCGGCAACUCAAUGGCUUAGCACCGGAUCAGUCAGACAAAAAGAGGCUUCACAACUACUCAACACCGCGAGACAAAGUCAUAAUCUUCGUCAUAUACGGUCAAACAGUUGGUAUUUUCGGCAGUUACAGCGGAUCCUCUACCUCCUCGACAGACGCGCGCCGUCAGCUCGUCACAUUUACCCUCUACUGGGUCUACCUAGCCAUAGCCAUCUUCGUAUUGAUCUACAUAGCCACAGUUGGCUUCUACUAUGUCGGAGAGCGCACCGCACGCGCCCUGCGCAAUGCCUAUCUCAAGGCAAUCAUCAGACAAAACAUGGCUUUCUUUGACACGCACGAACCCGGAGAAGUCUCUGCACGCAUCAUGUCUGAUAUGACGCACGUGCAGGAAGGCAUCACCACUAAGCUAUCUAUCGCUCUAACAGCAAUGGCCACAUUUGCUGCCGCUUUUGUUGUCUCCAUGGUCGUGCAUUGGCGGACGGCUCUCGUGUUGAGUCCUACAUAUGUUCUCAUGACACUAUUCGGGUUGCUCGGCGGCACUCGUAUUCUAAAAUACCAUAAGGAGGCCAAGGUGGCCAGCGAGAAAGCCUCAAGUCUGGCUCAGGAGUCCAUCUCUUCUGUACGCCAGGUGUACGCUCUUGGGGUUCAGCACCAUCUUGCUACGAAAUACGAAUCAUUUCUGAAUAGUGCCGGCCAACCAAGCCGCAAAGCCCUUUAUGUCAUCGGCUUCGUAAUCGCAUGGUCUAAUGCCGUGCCCCCAUUAGUCCACGCUCUCACCUUCUGGGCAGGCUCCAUUUUCCUUGUCCAAGGAGACGUGUCCGUCGCCCAACUAACAACCAUUGCCCUCGUGGUCGUGAUCGGCGCAUUCGCGAUUGUGAGGAUUGCGCCUGCUGCCCAAGCGCUCGCCUCCACAAUGUCUAGCGCCAGCGUCAUAUUGAGCGAGAUGUGUCGACGCUCUCCGCAAGACCCAUUCGAUCCGUCAGGCGCCGUUGUGGACAGCUUUCAAGGCAACAUUGAGCUACGCGGGGUUAUGAAAGAGGUGUCUUUUAGUUGUCCGGCCAUGAAGACUACAGCAAUAGUGGGCUCUUCAGGCAGUGGGAAAAGUAGUAUCAUCAACCUGUUGGAACGAUUCUAUGAACCUACUGGUGGGCAGAUAUACCUGGACGGCGUUGACAUUCAGUCGCUUAAUCUGCGAUGGUUACGCGGCCAAACGGGACUCGUCCGACAGCAGCCUAUCCUAUUCGACACCACUAUAUACGAGAAUAUUCGUUAUGGCACAGUCAGCUUCUCCACACAGCCCUCGGGAGAAGAGCUCACCAAGCAGAUAAUAUCGGCAGCGGAGAUGGCAAACGCACAUGACUUCAUCAUGGCCUUGCCAGAUGGCUACCAGACAAGGGUGGGUGAGAAUGCCACGCAACUCUCAGGGGGCCAGAAACAGCGAAUUGCAAUCGCUCGGGCUUUGAUGAGAGAUCCCAAGAUUUUGUUGCUUGACGAGGCAACCUCGGCCCUGGACGCUGCCUCGGAGUCCGUUGUGCAGGCGGCGCUGAACAAAGCAGCCAAACACCGAACUACAGUUGUGAUCGCUCAUCGUCUAAGUACAAUCCGCCAUGCGGACAAUAUUGUCGUCAUGUCGCAGGGCGCUGUGGCAGAACAGGGCACCCACGCAGAUCUGAUUGCCCGGGAUGGCCACUAUGCCCGCCUAGUCCGUGCGCAGCAGAUAAUAAGCCGUCGCCAGGACGAAAAUAACGACGAAAGUGGAAAGGAGAACCUAGGAGAACCUUUGGUCGACCCUAUUCAAGAAGAUGAGAGAGCCACUGCUCUGAAGGCAGAACCCUGGCAGGAGCAAAGACCAGGCGAUGAGUCCGGAGGGAUCUUUGCCGAUGCGAAUAAGCCCAAGAACUGGGGGCUGGGUAGGACCUUGGGACUCAUUGUUCGUAUGAACAAGAGUGAACGUUGGAUAUUGUUGUUUGGCCUGAUUUGCUCCAUUGUGGCCGGCUUGGUACUGCCUGGACAGUCUAUUGUGUUUGCGAAAUCUUUAGAAGCCUUGUCUUCGACUGCAUCGGAGUAUGGCACGAUGCGGAGCCAGGUGAACCUGCUGGCAGGCAUCUUCCUCGCAUUGGCAUGUGCAAACUUUAUUCUUUACAUUGGACUGGGAUUCUCCCUUGCCUAUACAACCGAGAAACUUGCCCGAACCAUUCGAGACAGAUGUUUCCGUUCCAUCGUUGCGCAAGACAUUGAAUUCUUCGAUUUGAAAGCUAAUUCGACUGGCUCUUUGCUCUCUAUCUUGACAACCAGCACCGACGCGCUCACAGGUCUAAGCGGUCCCAUCAUUGGAGGCGCGCUGACGUUCAUCUGCACUAUUCUAGGCGGCAUCAUUCUGUCCGUGGCACUGGGGUGGAAGUUGGCACUGGUUUGCACUGCGACCAUUCCCCUCGUCGUGGCGUGCGGCUGGGUGCGUCUACAAAUGCUCGCCAUCUUCGACUCGCAAACGAGGCAAAACGGAGUGGAUGCCGCGUCGUACGCCACGGAGAUCGUCAAGGCGGCCAGUACAGUUGCGAGUCUUGGUCUCGAGGAGUUUGUUCUCGAAAGAUACGACGGCUUCUUGGCAAAGCAGUCGGAGAAAUCGCUCGGCUCCAUCCUUCGCGCGUCCAGCCUCUAUGCUGCGUCCCAGUCCGUGGUUUAUUUCGCCUACGCCUUGGCAUUCUGGUAUGGAGGAACGUUGCUGCUCAACGGCGAAUACUCUCUUUUUCAAGUCUAUAUAUGUUACACUGCUCUUAUUUCGGGCGCGCAGAUUGCUGGAUCCGUCUUCUCGUUCGCUCCUGAUGCAAGCAAGGCCAUGAUUGCUGGUCAGGAAGUCGACAGCAUUUUACAACGCAGGCUUACCCGCCCAUCCGAACAGCGAUCCUACGGCGAAAAAGAAAGGAGCCAAGGGUACAGCCAUCAUGUACAGUUCAACAAUGUCACUUUUGCCUAUCCGUCGAGAAGAGCACGCCUCGCUCUGGACAACUUCAGCCUGGAUGUGGGUACUGGCCAGUUCGUGGCUCUGGUAGGUCCAAGCGGUUGCGGAAAGAGUACAACUCUUGCUUUGAUUGAGCGCUUCUAUUCCCCUGGCGCAGGAUCAAUCCUCAUAGACGGCCAGGACCUUUCCACGGUCGAUCUAGACAAGCACCGCAGAUCAGUCUCGCUUGUUAGCCAAGAAGCCGUUCUGUUCUCCACCACGAUCAGGGAAAACAUCGCAAUGGGUCUACCAGGGGAGGAUGUAUCCGAUGAAGCUAUAUGGGCUGCCUGCCGACAAGCCAACAUUGAGGAAUUCAUCACCUCUCUUCAGGACGGCCUUUCAACGAUGGUUGGUCCCGGGGGCAGCAUGUUGAGUGGUGGUCAGAAGCAACGAAUUGAGAUCGCACGAGCACUCCUGCGAAAUCCGAAAAUAUUACUGUUGGACGAGGCCACCUCAGCCUUGGAUACAGAGUCCGAGGUGCUAGUACAAGAAGCGCUCGAGCUCGCGUCAAGGCAUAGGACCACGAUCGCGGUGGCCCACCGACUAAGCACCAUCAAAAAGGCGGAUCUAAUAUGCGUCCUGGACCAUGGCAAGCUAGUGGAGUCAGGCACUCACGACGAGCUUGUUCGGGCGAGAGGCAGAUAUUGGGAACUUCUGGAAAUGCAAGACUUACAGUGA